AUGUUCGUAUAUAUCUGUAUCAUCUCCAUUUUUUUUAUUGGAUUUACAUUCAACAUUCCUGUCUUAAGUCCUGCUGAAGAUGGAAUCAAUCAUGAAUUACUUGGUGGUGGAUUCGAAGGUGAUAUGAUUUUACCAGAUGGGUUUGAUCCAACAAGAACACCAAAUACAAAAGGUGUAGCUAUUUAUGGACCUCGUCGUUGGCCAAACAAUAUUAUUCCAUACGACAUUUCGUUAAUUACAAAUGCUGCACAUCGUACUGUGAUCCAAGAAGCAAUGAACAAAGUGAUGAGGGACACCAGCACACCGAUUGCAGGAUCAACACAACGCAAACAAUGUAUUACUUUUCGACCGAAAACAUCGAGUGAUAAAGUUUUUGUUAAAAUUCAGUACGGAACCGGUUGUAGUGCAUCAGUAGGAUAUUCUACUGGCGAAAAAAAAAUGACAUUAGCAAAUCCUGGUUGUUUUUAUUCUGGUACUAUUCAACAUGAAUUCAUGCAUGUUCUUGGUUUCUAUCAUGAACAAUCGCGUCCUGAUCGUGAUUCAUAUGGACAUAACUUUAACAAAUAUACUUGGGGAUCCACUGUUUUAAAUCAAAAUUCACCUUAUGAUUAUGGAAGUAUAAUGCACUAUGGUGCUAAUGGUUUCAGUUCAAACGGAAAGCCAACUAUUACACCAAAACAACCAAAUACGAAAAUUGGUCAAAGAGAAAAACUUAGUGCAACAGAUAUUAAUGAAAUUCGUGCUUAUUAUGGUUGUUCAAGUUAA